CUUAGGGUUGGAGGUAAAAACACUCACAAUGGUCUUCUGUUCGUUCCUUUGUCUCCUGGUACUUUUCCUUCUCCACAACACUCUUAUUGGACAUGCCUGGGCCGUGAACAAUUUUCUUAUGACUGGACCCAAGGCCUAUCUGACGUAUGCCAGUAGCGUGCAAGUGGGCGCUCAGAGCGGGAUCCAGGAAUGUAAACACCAGUUUGCGUGGGACAGGUGGAACUGCCCGGAGAGCGCGCUCCAACUGUCUACUCACAAAGGCCUUCGCUGCGCCACGAGUGAGACCUCUUUUGUGCACGCGAUCAGCGCAGCUGGUGUGAUGUACACACUGACCCGCAACUGUAGCCUCGGGGACCUGGACAACUGCGGCUGUGAUGGCUCGAGAAACGGUCAAAUCGGGGGGCGUGGGUGGUUGUGGGGUGGCUGCAGCGAUAACUUGGACUUUGGGGAAAGGAUGUCAAAACAGUACGUGGACGCGCUUGAGACGGGCCAGGACUCACGGGCGGCUGUCAACCUUCAUAACAACGAGGCGGGUAGACUGGCGGUGAAGGCCACCAUGAAGCGCAUCUGCAGGUGCCACGGUAUGUCUGAAAGUUGCUCCGUUCAGACCUGCUGGAUGCAGUUGUCUGAUUUCAGAGACAUCGGCAACUACCUCAAAAUCAAACACGACCAGGCGCAGAAACUGGAGAUGGACAAGAGGCGGAUGAGGUCGGGGAACAGCGCCGACAACAGGGGCGCCAUUGCGGACGCGUUCAGCAGCAUCGCCCAGACGGAGCUCAUUUACCUGGAGGAAUCUCCGGACUACUGCGGUCAGAACGUCAGCCUGGGCCUUCACGGUACUGAGGGCAGGGAGUGUCUGCAUCACGGCGAGGGCUUGAACCAGUGGCAGAAGAGGAGCUGCCGCAGACUGUGCCAUGAGUGCGGCCUGAGGGUGGAGGAGAGGAGGACUGAGAUAGUCAGCAGCUGUAACUGUAAGUUCCAAUGGUGCUGCACGGUCAAGUGUGAGAACUGCUCUCAAGUGAUGGUCAAACACGUGUGUGCCAGAAGAGAGGGAGGCCACGGACACAACUACAGAAGGAGAUACCGAGGACCUAAAUGAUUGAAAAGAGACAGGGCUAUAGCGUUAUUCUAUGCAAACUAUUAUGAUGGCAAAUGUAAAAUCAUGAGCAUAUGUGUGUCAGCUUAUUUCGAAUCUAUCUUUAUUCACAAAGACUGUCCUCCACUCCACGUGAUUAUGUGAAACGUUGUUCUGCACUUUCCCACCUCACCUGACCACGUUUGUCUUAUUGUAGGCCUAUAUGGAUGUAAAUUAUAUAUUUAUGUA